AUGAGCACCGGCGAUCUUCUAACACCCGGUGCAUUGUGGCAGGACGACACCAAAGUCUUCGUAUGCAGCGGCCGCCGCUGUGGCCGCCGCUUCAACCGGCUCUUCUGCCCCAAGCACCGCUGUCGAUGGUGCGGCCGUGUGUACUGCGACGCCUGCGCGCCGAAGCAGACGGUGUACAAGCGUCAGCUGCUGCGCAAGUGCAACCGGUGUCGACUGCCGGUUGUCUUCCGGUACUCGUGGAACGAGCGCACGCGAGCGAUGGACUGCACCCCGUUCGAGUGUAUCAUUUCCUACUUGACACCGCGCAGCAUCACGGCGCUCCUGCAGAGCUGCUACACGAUGAUGUCCGAGUUUCCCGUGUGCGGUUACCCGUUCUACGAUUCUAUUCAGCAGCGCUUCCCUUCCUUCUACCCCGGUGCGCAGAUCGGCCGCGGCACCUUCGGCACGGUGUUCAAGUGCGAAGACCGCUCCGCAGCGGAUCACAAGCGUGCCAUUCUCAAGUGCAUCAGCAAAGCCACGAACUUGACGUACACGCGGUGGAUGGGCGCCCUCACGGAGCUGCGUAUACUGGAGUCGGUGAACCACCCCAACGUGGCGCACCUUUUGGGUGCGUUUCAGACACGCGAGGACUUGGUAAUUGUGAUGGAGGCGGGCGAGGGCGGAACGGCGCGUCGGGCGGCCGCCGGCGUGCGUGAGUACGGCCAAGCUGCCGAGGAGGCAUUCACGGCGAACAUUAUAGAAGGUGUCGCCGCAGGCCUGAACUAUCUCUACCGGGAGAAGCACAUCAUCCAUCGCGACAUUAAGCUGGACAACAUAGUCUUGUCGGCAGACUACAGCACGCCGAUGAUCAUCGACUUUGGCCUUGCCGAGUUUGUCGUCAACGAGGAGGAGCAAUGGUACGUUGUCGGCGGGACACGCAACUACGCCGCGCCAGAGAGCAUCGCUGCGGUGGCUAACGGGCACGUUGAUAUGAAGGAGCCCGGGAUCACGAUGCACAAGGGCGACCUCUUCAGUCUCGGCGUUGUGGCUUACUACCUUCUGUCGGGCCACCGCCCAUUUCGCAGCAGAAGCUUCGACAAGAUGCACGAGGAAAUGCGGCGCGGUGUCGCCUGCACUGGCCCGCUUUGGGAUGGUGUCUCCAGCGACGCGCGGGAGCUCGUGCAGGCGCUCCUGUCGUACGACCCGGCGCAGCGGCCCGACUACGCCGCCAUCAAGGAGAACCCCUUCAUCACGGCGCGCACCGCAGGCGUGAAGUCGAUUCAGAUGCAGCGGAACGCGCGGCUACUCUUGGACGAAGAGGAGACCCACGCCGAGUGGGUGACACUCGAGCCGUCGGACCUGCGGGAGGCGGCGGACGAGGGGGAGAGUGAGGUGCUGCUACCGCUGUCGACUCCCCAGCGGUGGUACCACGCCUACCUACCUCGCUUCUCGCUGCUCCACUUGUGA